UUACGAACACCUGAUUCGCCUCUCAGUGUUGAGCAGAUAGAAAGAAAAAUGGCGGCCACAGCAUCUAUGAUGCCGAUCUUUCAGCAGCAGAUUUCCUCUAAAAACGACCUGGUUCCGAACUGGACCAGUGAAGAAGUCAGCACCGGGACCACCAUCAUGGCGGUGGAGUAUGAUGGAGGAGUAGUGAUCGGAGCGGACUCACGGACCACCACAGGGGCUUACAUCGCCAACAGAGUGACGGACAAACUGACCCGGAUCCACGACCGGAUCUACUGUUCCAGGUCCGGUUCUGCUGCAGACACCCAGGCCAUCGCUGAGGUGGUCUCCUACCAGCUGGGCUUCCACAGCAUAGAGCUGGAUGAGCGCCCUCUGGUGGAGACGGCGGCCAACCUGUUCAGAGCGAGCUGCUACCGCUACAGGGAGGAGCUGAUGGCGGGGAUCCUGGUGGCUGGCUGGGACCGCAGGAAGGGGGGCCAGGUGUACUGCGUUCCUAUCGGAGGGAUGCUGGUCCGUCAGCCCGUGGCGGUGGGCGGCAGCGGCAGCAGCUACAUCUACGGCUACAUGGACUCCAACUACAAACCGGGCCUGGACAAGAACCAGUGCCUGGAGCUGACGGCCUCAGCUCUGGCCCUGGCCAUGGAGAGGGACGGGUCCAGCGGCGGCGUCAUCCGACUGGCCAGCAUCUCCGAGGACGGCGUGGAGAGACGGGUUCUGCUGGGAGACCAGCUGCCCCGCUUCUCCACCCACUGAGCGCGCUCUGUUUACGUUACAGCUGAUAAUAAAGGUUCUGUUCAUGAC